AUCCCAUUGAUUCGAUUCGAAGGGGGUAGGGAUGGUGAUGUUCAUCCAGUUUUGAAGCCGGUUGAAAAUCUAGAUCAAUGGAAAGCUGUGAAAUCCAAAGGGUCAACACCACUGAAGCUGCAAAAGGAGAAUCUCAGCUUGGAACAAGAAGUAUCAGUUGAUGCCAGCCUUUCCAACUGGUUGUCUUCGAGGGAGACUACACCGGCGAAAAAGAGCAGCACUUUCGAAGCGUAUACACCGGAGAAUAGGCUGAUUUUGGGUGCAUUGACAGUUGAAGAGAUCAACAAGUAUUCGGCAUCACCUGUAGCAAGGAGUGUUGUUUAUUUACUGGUGAUCAGCCAUUUCAAUACGGAGGGUGUAAAGAGAUAUCCUGGUGCAAGUGGACGUAAAUGA